AUGGCCAAACAGCUCGAGAAUGAGAUGGUGAAAGCGGGCGUUGCAGUGCUGGUUGUAGACCCGAACACGGGCAACAACGAGACUGCGGCUAUCUACGACCGGCUUCGUCAGUCCAUUCCAUCCAAUGGCAGCUCGAUCGGCUUGGAUUGUGAAGGCACUGAUGGCCAUAAAGGGCACUUGGGACCCUUGAUGGUGCAGGUGGCUUCGCGAACCGUUGCUGUGGUCGAGGUGCCCGUGGCUGCUGGAGAAUAUUCCGGGCAGCUGCGGGAGCUUUUGGCAGAUAAAGACAUCCAGAAGAUCGUUUGCCAAGGCAAGGAAGACAUCUUGUCGCUCAGAAGAUGCCGCCCUUCCAUGGAAGUGCUUGGCCCAGUGGUAGAUCUCCAGGACAUGACCAGGCUCCCUAAGAAUCCAACUCCGGGUCUUGCGGCCAUCUUGAGUGAAGGUGAUCCUGAACGCGUGGCUUGGAGCAAACAAAGCUUCAAGAAGAAAGGUUGGUGGGGGCUCGAAAGCAGCGAGGACAUGCUCGAGGAGCCAGGAUUUGUGUCCUAUGCCGCCGCAGAUGCCUGGGGAACUCUUCUUGCGUAUGAACAGUUGACAGGGCAGGCGCCUUCAAAACCAGCCCGACUGGAGAUCGUGGGGGAAGUCCUAGGAUCCUGUCUCUUCGCAAUGUGCGUGCUGAAAUUUUGCGGAGUGAGCAGCACGUGA